AUGCUAGCGAGGCCCGUCUCUACGCGCAUUUCGGGAUCUCCUCGCCCUCUUCUGCUUCCCUCGUCGGAGUGUCUCCCCCGCCCCCGGCCGCUGAGAUUUCUGUGCCGGAUGGCGUCUGGUGCGGCGGCUCCUUCUCUCGCACUGCUUCCGCCCGUCUCUGAGUUGAAGCUUUCUCGCUUCUGUCCGGUGAGGUCGUUCCCCAGGAAUGCGUGGAGAUCUAGGGCAUGCGCUGGCGUCGCCGUUGGAUCUCGAGCGUCGGCGGCUGACUCGUUUUUCUUGGAUUACAAGCCCACCAACGCCUUCCUGUUUCCCGGACAGGUAAAUCAUGUCGAUGGUGUUGUGUCAUUUUCGCUCGAUUCUUCGCGGGUUUUUUGCGUUGUAGUGUUUUCCAUGCGGUAGUAGUUCUAUGUAGGAAAGGAUUCCUGCUUGAUUGAAUUCAAUUAUAACAUGCCUACAGUGCAAUUUUUCAAUUUUUCGUCGGCGAUGCUAAGCUGGAGAUUGCGCCUUUUCCUUUUCCAUUUUCCCACACAACCAAUCCAGGAAGGUUUAGUGGCAUUUACUGAAUGGCGGAAUGCCAUAUAUCCUCGUACCAUUUUUUAUUUUUUUCCACUUUCUCCAUGAGAAUGUUGUUUCGUUCUGAUGUUAGCCGUGUUUUUCUAUGGUCCUUCGUCUCGAUGAAAUGUGGAUACCAGUUUGAUGACCCGUAAAAGAGCUCACAUAAAAUGUUCUCUUGGUUUUGCACCCACUUGGAAAUGUUAUUGUUUCCAUUUGAUUCCGACUUUAAUUUUUGAAGAUUAUAUUUGCUUUAUCAUAAUAGGCCCUAUUUUUUUUCUUUACUCGCUCUAUCAUGAAUAAGGGCGCACAAGCUGUAGGAAUGGGUGCAGUGGCUCAGAGUGUGCAGGCUGCAGCCGACUUAUUUCAGAGAGCAAAUGACAUUCUUGGGUAGGUUCUAGUUCAUGAAUGCAUAUGCCUGAGCCCGGUACUUAGUGGAGAGAUUUCAUUGUGUUGUGAUAUAACUUCUCUUUUUUUUCUCAGUUAUGACCUCCUGAACAUAUGCCUUAAUGGACCUAAAGAAAAGCUUGAUUCGACAGUAAUAAGCCAGGUAAUUAUCAGGAAGUCAAUAUGAUAUGUGUGUUUUAAGGUUUCAUUUGUGAAAAAAAAGAAGAAAAAAUAAACCCACUGUUUCUUACUUGGUUCUAAUUACAUUCCCCUGUUUUUAUGCUAAACACGAAUGUGAACAGCCAGCAAUCUAUGUGGCAAGUCUAGCUGCCGUUGAAGUCCUAAGAGCUCGUGAUGGAGGUCAGGAUAUUAUUGACUCAAUAGAUGUCACUUGUGGUCUAAGCUUGGGAGAGUACACCGCCCUUUCAUUUGCUGGGGCCUUCAGGUACUCGAAACGUAUCCAUUGCACACUAUUAUAGCGUUUGUUCAAGUGUUGACUUAUUAUUUGUCACUGCAAAAAGAUAAUAUUUAUGGAAUUCAUGUCUCAACCCCACCUGAUGUUUUAAAAGCUAGGAAAUUCAAUUCAUCUAAUACUUUCUGCUAUAUUAUCUGAUUCAGCUUUUUUCUUUUUGGAGUUCAUUUCUUCUUGUAAGAUGGCCCUUCCUGACUUUGUUAUCUGUGAACUUGAUCAAUAAGCUUUGAAGAUGGUCUCAAGCUUGUCAAGCUGCGAGGAGAGGCAAUGCAGGUCAGGAGGAAAUAAGUUUGAUUCUGAGGAACUUCCUGAAUGCUGGGUAGUUAGUUGGGCGGGAAUUGGGGGGUCAUUAAUUGGUAUUCUCUUUCAGGAUGCUGCUGAUGCUGCUCAGAGUGGAAUGGUAAGCGUCAUCGGGCUAGAUUCAGAGAAGGUUCAGUUGCUUUGCGAUGCAGCAAAUGAGGAAGUGGAGGAGAAAGACAAAGUCCACAUUGCAAACUUUCUCUGUCCCGUAAGAAUGUUUGUGUUUGAAACCAUGACCAAUUUCUUUCAUGGCCUGGGUCAUUUACAGCUCAUCAAAUGGAUUACAUUCGCAGGGAAACUAUGCAGUUUCAGGGGGCUUGAAAGGAAUAGAAGCUGUAGAAGCUAAAGCAAAAUCAUUCAAAGCUCGCAUGACGGUCUGAAUUCCGAAAAUUCAAUAGAAAAUUAAUUAUUUUCUCUUUUCAUUUCUGCCCUGUCCAAUGCUUAGUCUGGUUCAUGAGGCCUUGAUACAUAAAGAAUCAUAUGUAAGUAAGAACCAAGAUGCAAAAAUUAUUGAUGUGAUUGAUCUCCCGUGUGAAUCACGAACUUACAUCUCUCCAAUACUCCGGUAUGGAUAAAGAUCCUACUGUAACGUUCAUCCUUUUGUCUUCUUAUACAUAGGCCUUUCACCUGCAAUCCUAGAAAGCAUUUUUGAGCAUUCAAACGAUGAUCUUGCUUGGGUUUGCUAUGACUGACUGAUGCUUUUACCACUGGAUCUUAUUUAUUGACCCGAGAGAAAGUUGCAAUUCUAAAGAAAAAAAACACCCUAAGAACUUUCAACUUGCAGGUCCGUUUAGCUGUUGCUGGUGCUUUCCACACCAGUUUCAUGGAGCCAGCCGUCUCCAGACUGGAAGCUGCAUUGGCAGAGACCGAAAUUGUGACCCCUAGAAUACCCGUCAUCUCAAAUGUGGAUGCACAGCCGCACUCUGACCCUGAGACCAUCAAAAGGAUUCUAGCCCGGCAGGUGAGCCUCAGAGAGUCUCAAACUCUUGGCCCAGCUUCCCUUUGAUUGCCAAUUCAUUUCCCUUUUGCUCCUCCCCCUCACAGGUGACUUCUCCUGUCCAAUGGGAGUCAACCGUGAAGUCUCUCCUGAACAACGGGCUGAAGAAAAGCUAUGAGCUUGGCCCCGGCAAGGUAAUAUUGCCUAGGAAAUUUCUGUUUAUUCUCUCUCAUCUCUCUGGGUAAUCUACCUCCGGAAUGGUCCUAAAAGUCAACUCCUGUCUCAUGCAUCUGGAAUCACAACCCAGGUCAUUGCUGGCAUUGUGAAGAGGGUGGACAGGGCUGCUGAGAUUGAGAACAUUGGGGCUUGA